AUGAUGUCCUCACAGGGUGACGAAGAUCCCUUCCUGCAGGUACAAGCAGAUGUUUUGUCUGCCCUCAACACUUGCCGGCCCCUGUUCAAAUCCUACCUGCGCAUCCGGUCCUCUGCUUCUUCCGCGAACAGCCCCGAGCUUCGAGAAGCCCGCAGCGAACUCGAGCAGACACUGCAAGAUCUCAACCAGGACCUCGAAGAUCUGGUCGAGAGCGUCCAGGCCGUCGAGCAUGACCCCUACCGCUUCGGGCUCGAGAUCGAUGAAGUCGAGCGACGCAGGAAACUGGUCAAGGAUGUUGGAGACGAGAUCGAGAACAUGCGCGAAGAGUUGCAGCAGACGGUCGACAAUGCGCGCAACAAGGGAAAGAGUGCAGUGAAUGGAGAUGUCCUGCCUGACCCAGACUCAUUUGAAGAAGAGGACAACUACGCAGCGUUUGAGCAGGAGCGACAACUCGAGAUGAUGCAUGAGCAGGACGAAGCCCUCGACGGCGUCUUCCGCACCGUGGGCAACCUACGCCAGCAAGCCGACGACAUGGGCCGCGAGCUCGAAGAGCAGGGCGAGAUGCUCACUGAUGUCGACAACGUGGCUGACAGAGUGGGCAGCAAGCUCCAGACGGGCAUCAAGAAGGUUGGCUGGGUCAUCAAAAAGAACGAAGAUCGGUGGUCCAGUUGCUGCAUUGCACUCCUCAUCUUCGUCUUAAUACUAUUUCUCACUCUGCUUGUCAUACUCUGA